CCGAAAAGUGAACGUUUCACGAGUCAACAGCACAGCAACGUCGUUCGAGAAGUUCUAGGCGCUGUUUGCGACAUUUUUCUUUCUUUUAUCCGUCAUCCAAUGUUUUGUGUGAUGAAAUAACACGUUGAUUAGCAAGUUAUUUCGAUUUUAGUGUUCAUAGUCGUAAUAAAGUAACUGCUAGAUUACGAUAUAAGCUAAUAUGGGCGACGAAAGCCACCCGAAAACUCUCUACGUCGGUAAUUUAGACGCGAGUGUGACAGAAGAUUUCCUAUGCGCGUUGUUCGGACAAAUAGGCGAAGUUAAAGGCUGUAAAAUAAUACGUGAACCUGGGAACGAUCCGUAUGCGUUUCUUGAAUUUACAAAUCACUCUGCAGCGGCUACGGCCCUGGCCGCCAUGAACAAGCGAGUGUUUCUUGAGAAGGAAAUGAAGGUUAACUGGGCUACGAGUCCUGGCAAUCAGCCGAAGACGGAUACUAGCAACCAUCACCAUAUAUUUGUGGGUGAUUUAUCGCCGGAGAUCGAAACUCAUAUACUUCGUGAUGCUUUCGCACCGUUUGGUGAAAUCUCUAAUUGUCGAAUAGUCCGCGAUCCGCAGACGCUCAAAUCUAAGGGUUAUGCUUUUGUAUCUUUUGUAAAGAAGGCUGACGCCGAAGCCGCCAUCCAAUCGAUGAACGGUCAGUGGUUGGGUUCGCGCUCUAUACGUACAAAUUGGUCAACACGUAAGCCACCGACCAACAGACCAAACGAAGGAACGCCCAGUAGCAAACGAGUUAAGCAACCUACAUUUGACGAGGUGUACAAUCAGAGCUCACCGACAAACACGACCGUGUACUGUGGAGGCUUCACAAGUAAUGUUAUCACAGAGGAGCUGAUGCAGAGCACAUUCUCACAGUUUGGUCAAAUACAGGAUGUUAGAGUUUUUAGGGACAAAGGCUAUGCCUUCAUUAGGUUCACAACGAAGGAGGCUGCAGCCCAUGCAAUAGAAGCAACACAUAACACAGAAAUUAGCGGACACACAGUUAAAUGUUUCUGGGGUAAAGAGAAUGGUGGUGGAGAGAACCAGAGUACAAAUAACCCACCUGCGGCUGCUACAGCAAUGGGAGCACAAACACAAUACCCAUAUGCAUAUCAGCAAGGAAUGGGGUAUUGGUAUGCACAGGGCUACCCAGCAAUACAAGGCUAUAUGGCGCCCGGCUAUUACCAGCAGUAUCCUACCGCGUACAGCAAUCCUCAGGCGGCAGCCGCUGCGGGCUACCGCAUGAGUAUGCCGGGCGGCGCCAGCGCCGGCGCGUCCUGGGGCGGCACCGCGCAGCCCCUCAUGUACGCCUCCGCCGCCAUGCCCUCCGCGCAGUACCCCUCGCAGUAGCGCCCCGCGCGGGCCCCGCCCCCCGCCGCGCCCCCGCCCCCCGCCACCGCACGCCCCUCACGCGCACCGAGCGGCGCCACACCGCGCGGCUAGAGGCGCGGACAUACGAUAGACUCGCAGAAGAUGUCACAAAUCUUCGCAAUAAUUACACUUAGGUAUCAUACGGAUCAAUGACGUUGACAUACGAGAUGUCUCAGUCCCGAAUCCCAUCUCUCGGUUUGUGUCAACACUGCGCGAGGUGCGCGUGCGCAGUGUUGACCGCGAGCUUCAGAUUGACACCUGUCAGUGUGGCACUUCCACUGUUGGCGGCCAAAUUACUCUAUGACACCUUGCGCGGGCUUCUGCGGAUUAAUUAGGCUAGAAGAUAUUGAUUGAUGAGCCGAAAUGAGAUAUAUUUUUAUUAGCUCAAUGUAAAUGGCAAUAACCGACCGUCAUUUCUUAGUUUAAUUUGAGAUCGCUUGUUACAGUCCAUGUCCCUUUGUCAGAUAUAACGCUGACAGCCGUUUUUGUCUAAGCUCCUUGGGAGAAAUGGAAAAUAGUUCUAAUAUUGGUUUUUGUUUCUGAAAGUUUAGUUCGUUCUAUUGUUCACGUCUUAUUCAUUUGAUCAACUUGAUUUGGUGCAUUCCAUUCCAUAUACCUAUGUACCACGUCAUCCUCAACCCUUAUAUUCCCCAAGGUCAUCCAUAGGUCAUCCCGCAAUACCGAGUGCUUUUCACUAACGGAUCGAUGUCCGUACCAUAUUUCGUGUUGUUGACUGUGAAGUCAAAUUCCAAGUGCCUAUAAAUAUGGUAAUGUUUGUUAUCAGGCGAGUCUGCUUGAUUUUGUUACUUUAUAAUGUCGUUUCCAUUGUCGAGGAACGAUAUAUUCUCAGACGCGAUUGAACCAUUUGCUAUAUUUAUACACUAUGACAAUAUCAUGUUGCCGUUUCUAUCUACUGUAACGUCGAGGUGGAUUCUUUAUUUUCAUAAGUAGACGUAAGCAUCCCAACCGUACAGGAGGCCUCCUCCUUAGUCUAGGUUUAUGUAAAGCUUUAAGACGUCCGGCGCCGCGAGCGGGCGGCGGCACGCGGCGGCCCGCGGCGGCCGGCACACACAGUAUUCUAUAUACUCAAACGUACAUCACAAUGCGACACGCUAGCAGUCUUAAAGAACGCCGUCGUCGCUGCGGCGUCGCAGCGUUACCUCGGGGGGCUGGCGGCGUCGCAGUGUCACCGUGGGGCAUUGGCGGCGUUACUUCGGGGAACUGGCGGCGGCACGAGGGCGGGAGUGACACGACGUCCACUCGCGAACUGUAAGAGGUCGGCGGGGAGCGCUCGCCGGCGUAGAUAGGUCAUAACGAAAUAAAUUAUAAAGUUUAAAAAAGAUAAAAAUAUAUAUGGGGGUGUGUGUCGGGGGCGUAGGGGCGUAGGGGCGCAGGGGGCGGGGCGCAGCCUCGUGUACAUACGUUAUAUUUAUUGCGGCCGCAGUGAGGUCGCGGCGCUCGCGGCCCGACGCUGCACGCGCCAGCCGGUUGCCCUAUUUAUGAUAUAUUGAGUUCGGCACAUGUUGUUUUGUUUGACCUGAAUUGUUAUGAUUUAUUGUAUGGUAACACUGGUGUGUCAAUAAAGCAGUGGGUCUGGGAC